AUGGAUAUUCACCGCUGUCGAUUCGUGUCUUACAACCCCCAGGCGAUCAAUUCGCUGGCCUUCUCCCACCCUCCGUCUGCCGAUACCGCCGGACGAGGCGUGCCCACCCUCCGACUCGCGAUCGGCCGUGCUAACGGCGAUAUCGAAAUAUGGAACCCAAUGCGCGGGGCCUGGUUCCAGGAGACUAUGCUCCGAGGAGGACGGGAUCGCAGUAUUGAAGGACUCACAUGGACAUUGGACCCGUCCGAAGAUGGCCCGGAUGGCUCCAAGCUGCCAGGCAAGCUGCGCCUGUUCAGCAUUGGGUAUUCUACCGCCGUCACUGAGUGGGAUCUCGAGCAAGGACGUCCUCUCCGCCACUCGAGCGGAAAUUACGGAGAGAUCUGGUGCCUGGCUGCCCAGCCCCGCUGGCAAUCCACCAAGAGAGGCAAGGAUGGGAAAUUUCUGCCUCCCGCCGGGGGCGAGUUUACGGGUCAGCACUUGGCUGCCGGAUGUGCCGAUGGAUCGAUCGUGAUUCUCUCCACCGCCGACAAUGACCUCAAGUUCCUUCGUCUGAUGCGACCGUCGACUAAGAGAGCUCGUGUGCUCAGCGUGACUUUCCAGAACCGUAACACUCUCGUUGCAGGCUACGCCGAUAGCUCCAUCCGUCUCUUCGAUAUCCGAAACGGCCAGCAAUUGCGGACAAUCUCGCUUGGAAAGGGACCUUCCGGUGGCCCCAAGGAAUUGUUGGUCUGGUCGGUCAAGUGCCUCCCAGAUGGUACCAUCGUUUCUGGAGAUUCUUCUGGCGAAAUCCGCUUUUGGGAUGCCAAGAACUAUUCCCUCACCCAGCGUAUCCAGGGUCACCUGGCGGAUGUUCUCGAUGUGGCCGUUAGUGCCAAUGGAGACACCGUCGUCAGUGGUGGUGCGGAUCAGAGGACCGUCGUCUAUCGCAAGAAGGAAGGUGACAAAGGCGAUAAGAAGACUCGUUGGGCAGAGGUUAUGCAUAGAAGAUACCACUCUCAUGAUGUGAAGACCUUUGCUGUUUAUGAGACAAAGGAUAUCAGCAUCGCUGUCUCUGGAGGCCCUGAUGCGACCCCGAUUGUCUUGCCUCUUCGCGAGUUCGGAAAGGAACACCACCGGAAGCUGUCUAGUCUCCCCCAGAUUCCCCAACUUACCUCGUCAUCCUCUUCCCGCUUGGUUAUGAGCUUCUGGGAUCGAGAGCUCAGUCUGUGGCGUGUAUCCCGAGGCCCGGCUUCGCUGCACGAGAGUAUUGAUGGCCAAAGACAUAGACUUGUUGCCAAGGUCAUGAUUCAGGGUGAAGAAAACAUCACUUCUGCCAUACUCUCUCCCGAUGGAAAAACUCUUGCUGUUGCGACGAUCUCAGAUGUCAAGGUGUUCACAGUCCGCCGCCGCAAGGGCGAUGAGAAGGGAGCCUUGCGUAUUCAAAAGAUCGACGUUCCCAAGUCUCUCUCCAGCGAGGGUGCCCGCCUCAUCACUAUCUCUCCCGACAGCCGCUGGCUUUGUGUGAUCCGCCCGAACAGCGAAAUCUAUGUCGCCAAAAUCCAACCCGCCUCGUCCACCGCCGAAAAGCCACAGAUUCUUCCUCAAUUCGCAAAUCUCAAGCGAGCUACUCGCCAUGCCCGACACGAAAAACCCUCCCAUGGUACUCUGGGUGAAUACGAGCGUAUCAUUCGAUCUGUUGUAUUCUCCGACGACAGCAAGAUCAUCGCCGCUGGCGACCUGUCAGGUUGUAUUGACACUUGGGUCUUAAACAAAGACACACUUGCAAUCACCAACGGUCCCGCCAAGAGCAAUGGUGCUUCGGGAUCCGAUGAUGACUCUUCGGAUGACGAGGAUGAGGAUGUUGCAAUUGAGGGCGAGCGCUGGUCGCCCGCAGCUCCCGAAUCUCCAAUUCCUCGCAUGAAGUCUGGAAUCACCUUGUUGUCGUUCCGUCCGCGUAGUCCCUCUGCAAAGACACAGGGCAACGGCGCCAGCCAAACAUCUCCCGCCGGCCUGGACCGAUUGAUGGUUGUUACCAGCGAACACCAACUCAUUGAAUUUGAAGUUCUCACUGGAAGAUUGUCUGACUGGUCAAGACGCAACCCCAAGGCAUGUCUCCCUGCCGAGUUCCGGGGUGUCAAGGAUCGUGCCAUGGGCUGCAUGUGGGAUCUCUUUGAAGAACGUGAGCGUCUCUGGCUCUACGGCACCUCUUGGCUGUGGAUGUUUGAUCUGCUACAAGACUUCCCGACCCCCGAGGAGAUGGAAGCCGAAGAGAACAAGAUGUCCAAUCAGCUUGCUAAGGCAUCGAAGCGCAAGCGUGACCCUUCUGAAGAUGGCGAGAAUGAUCGCAAGAAGUCCAACAGUGGUGCCGGUGACCGGAUCCCUCGGUCGCAAAUGGAUAUACACCUUGGCACCAAGGUGCGCAAGAUUGUUGGAAGCGACGAAUCACAGGGCGAGUGGAUCUCGCUUGACCAAGAACGCCCGCGAGUCCCGGGUGAGGAUGACGAAGCCUACGAUUACGAUGAGACCUUCGCUACUGGAAACGAGGCCAUUCUGGUGCGUCUCCGGCGCGAGGACGGAACCACCGUUGAAAAUGGAACCCCCAAGAAGGGAACCCCCAAGGGCAAGCCCACAUCCGACGCCAAUGGACAUGCAGACUCUCCGAAGAAAUCGCUGGUGGCGACAAAUGGCAGCUCGUCGCAGCCCGCUCGACGCUGGUGGCACACAUACAAGUAUCGUGAUAUUCUCGGCAUCGUUCCUUUGAGCUCUCUGGCCGGCGACGACGAGGAACUGACUCCAAGUGGAAAUCUCGAGGUGGCCGUGGUUGAGCGACCCAUGUGGGACGUUGAACUGCCCGGAAAAUACGUGAAAAACUAUGAGUGA